UUGUGUGGAUUGCCAAGCCUUGAAUGCCAGCAUAUGCCCCCCGAAUAGUGUGAAAAUGGACAUCUUCCCCAAGGAGUGUGUUUAUACCCACGACCCAGCUGGACUCAACGUGCUGAAGAAGGGCUGUGCCCACUACUGCAACCAGACCAUCACAAAACGUGGUUGCUGCAAAGGAUUUUUUGGACCUGACUGCACACAGUGUCCUGGGGGUUUCUCCAACCCCUGCUAUGGCAAAGGCAAUUGCAGCGAUGGGGUCCAGGGCAAUGGGGCCUGCCUCUGCUUUCCAGACUACAAGGGUAUUGCCUGCCAUAUCUGCUCCAACCCAAACAAGCAUGGCGAGCGGUGCCAGGAGGACUGUGGCUGUGUCCAUGGUCUGUGUGACAACCGUCCUGGCAGUGGAGGAGUGUGCCAGAGCGGUACUUGUGCCCCUGGCUUCCGGGGGCGUUUCUGCAAUGAGUCCACGGGAAGCUGUGCAUCCAGAGGGUUGGCCCAGCUCUGCCACCAACAUGCUCGCUGCGUUAGUCAGGAGGGUGAGGCCAGGUGUGUCUGCCUUGAUGGUUUUGAAGGGGAUGGCUUCUCCUGCACGCGCAGCAAUCCCUGCUCACACCCAGACCGUGGUGGCUGCUCAGAGAAUGCCGAAUGUGUCCCUGGAGACCUGGGCACCCACCGCUGCAUUUGCCACAAAGGCUGGAGUGGGGAUGGCCGCAUCUGUGUGGCCAUUGAUGAAUGUGGGCUGGACACUCGAGGUGGCUGUCAUGCGGAUGCUCUCUGCAGCUACGUGGGCCCUGGACAGAGUCGAUGCACAUGUAAGCUGGGCUUCGCUGGAGACGGCUACCAGUGCAGCCCCAUCGACCCCUGUCGGGUAGGCAAUGGUGGCUGCCAUGGCCUGGCUACUUGCCGGGCAGUUGGAGGAGGCCAGCGGAUUUGCACAUGCCCCCCUCAUUUUGGCGGUGAUGGCUUCAGUUGCUAUGGAGACAUCCUCCAGGUCUAUGCCCUCAGCCUUCUUUUCCUGCCCCUUAGGAACUGGAGGCAAAUGCCUACUUCUCCGCCUUCUCGCAGUGGUUCAAGGUAG